UCUGAAUUCAAAACGCUUUAAACUAUUCACCCAACAAGACACGCGUCAACAAUCUUUCAUCUUCUACCUCGAAUCUCCACUUAAAAACCCAUAUAAAUCUUUUUUUCCUUUCAAUUUUCUGGGAUACCAAACGCUACCCAUUUGUGGCGUGAACUUCUCUAUUCCAUUAUACGCUUCUUAAAGUUAACAACUUCGUUGAUUACUGAAGUUUUUGAUACCAAAACGUAAAGACCCCUUUAAGAUCAGAGUGGAUAGUUUCUUUCUUGAGUAUCAUGGCCGUCGAUUCGGCUGACCGGAGAGAGUUCGUCGUCAAGAUCGAUGGUGGAAACAGCCCGGCCACCACCGCCACCCCGUCCAACAGCAAUGCUAAUGCUUCUACGAUUUGGAGAGAAUCAAGCUAUGAAUUUUGGAACGACAAGGAUAAGAAGCAAGCUACUGGGUUGGGAGGAGGAGGAGCAGAGGAGGACGGUUUUGACUUCGGGCGAGGAGGGCAGGAGAUGGAGAGCCCACCCUCGAAGCUGAUUGGUCAGUUCCUGCACAAACAGAAAGCUUCCGGGGAGAUUGCCCUCGACAUGGAUCUCGAUAUGGACGAGCUCAAGCAGCAUGGACCACGAGGGUUGCCGCCCGUGUCAGAAUCGCCGGCAUCUGCUGUAUCGGCGGCGAAGCUUGUGUCAGAUUCUCCUUCUGCGAAUCGGGUAUCAUUCGACACGGCUAACUCUAAUGUCGAGUUGGUGAGGAGGAGGCAACAGAAAGAGUCACCAGCGAAAGAUGGGAACAACAGUAGUAAUAACAACGAAAAUGGCGAGGUUGUGAAGUGUACUUCCAAUAAGUCUUUUCAUAGGACCACCCAGUCAAGAUUGUUGGACCCACCAGCGCCGCUGCGACCAGCGGAUAUGAAGUCAGGGAAAGUGUCCAAGUCGGCGCAAAUUAGAUCUGGGUUUUUGGGAAAAGCGGGCGCUGGGGCGGUAGAAGAGGAGGAGGAAGACCCACUUUUGGAAGAGGAUUUGCCUGAGGAGUACAAGAAGGACAAGCUUAGCGUAUGGGUUUUGCUUGAAUGGGUAAGCUUGAUUUUGAUAAUUGCUGCUUUGGUUUGUAGCCUUACAAUUCCUUUCUUAAGAGGGAAGAAGUUGUGGAAGCUUGGAUUGUGGAAAUGGGAAGUGAUGAUUUUGGUAUUGAUUUGUGGAAGAUUGGUUUCUAGUUGGAUAGUUCGAAUAGUUGUAUUCUUCAUAGAGAGGAAUUUUCUUUUGCGGAAAAGAGUUCUCUAUUUUGUAUAUGGGGUGAGGAAAGCUGUUAUGAAUUGUCUAUGGUUGGGGCUUGUUUUGAUUGCUUGGCAUUUCUUGUUUGAUAAGAAAGUUGAGAGGGAGACAAGGAGUACUACCCUUAGAUAUGUGACCAACGUUUUGGUUUGUUUACUUGUGGGUGUUUUGUUGUGGCUUGUGAAAACCCUUCUGGUUAAGGUGCUGGCAUCUUCGUUUCAUGUGAGUACAUACUUCGAUAGAAUCCAAGAAUCGUUGUUUAAUCAAUAUGCUAUUGAGACACUUUCUGGACCUCCAUUGGUUGAAAUUCGGAAGAUAGAGGAAGAAGAGCAGAGAAUUGCAAAUGAAGUGAAAAAUAUGCAGGAUGCAGGGGUUACUAUUUCGCCACGUCUUAAGGCUACUGCUUGCCCAUCACCACAGAACACAAAGGUGAUGGGUAGUGGACUCCUUCAGGGAACUCCUCGAUCUGGGAAAAGUCCUAGGCUUUCUCGUGUGCCAUCUAACGCAGGAAAUGAUCAGGGAAUAACUAUUGAUCACCUACACAAAUUGAAUCCUAAGAAUGUGUCAGCAUGGAACAUGAAGAGAUUGAUGAAUAUAAUUCGACAUGGAUCUCUUUCUACUUUGGAUGAGCAGAUACAAGAUUCAGCCCAUUAUGAUGAGUCUGCAACACAAAUAAGAAGUGAAUACGAGGCAAAACUUGCAGCAAGGAAAAUAUUCCAGAAUGUUGCCAAGCCGGGUUCCAAGUACAUCUAUUUGGAGGACAUUAUGCGAUUCAUGCAAGAAGAUGAGGCUCAGAGAACCAUGAAUCUUUUUGAAGGAGCAACUGACAGUAGGAGGAUUAGCAAGUCAUCCCUCAAGAAUUGGGUGGUUAAUGCUUUUCGAGAAAGAAGGGCGCUUGCCUUGACAUUGAAUGAUACUAAAACAGCUGUAAACAAACUUCAUCGGAUGGUGAAUGUUUUGGUUGGCAUCAUUAUAGUGAUAAUUUGGCUUCUUAUACUAGGAAUUGCCACCACCAAUUAUGUUGAGAACAAGAAGGAGCACUGGUAUCCAGCACCAAUGAUCAUAUUCAAAGAAAUGGAAGAAUUGAACCGAGUGAGGAUGGCCCUAUGGCUGACUCAUAGGAUGAACCACCAAGACAUGGGAGAGAGGUGGGCAAGGAGAGGUUUGUUGCUAGAAGAGAUGGCUAAGAUUUUCAGGGAGCUUGAUAUUCAAUAUCGCUUAUUCCCAAUUGAUAUCAAUGUCCGAGCCAUGCCUCCGGUGAUGUCUGACCGCCUUCCUCCUAAUUGGACAGCACCGAGCAGUUGAAGAAACAAGUGGAGAUCGGGGAGACCGGUAGUUCUACUAGUGUUAAUAUUUUACAGACAUUUGUACGGUAACAUAUAAAUUAGAGUGAGAUAGAUAUCCAGAUAAAGCUUCCAUGUCUAUAGUGGAAUCAGUUUUUACCCUUAAUCAAUAUCUUGUUAGGAGAUCCUACUGUUUUAUAAUCUUGGACACUGAACUAACCCAUGGAAUAUUUCUUUUUUGUUCUAGAGGGAGAUGAACUCCCGCACACCCACAUAGACUGGUUGUAGCCAGACCAAAUGUCUUCAAAUGGGAUGGAAAAUUUUUCAGAGGA